GGCGAGGAAGAGGACGAUGAGGGUCCCCCUGCACACGGCGCGGGGGGGCUGGCGGGCCUUGGCGCCUGAGUUCGCGUACGGCGAGCAGGGCGCGCCCCCGAAGGUGCCGGGAGACGCCACGCUCGUCUACGACAUCACCUUGCUGGACUGGCGCAGCGGCGCCGACAUCUUCGGCGAUGGCGGCGCCAUCCGAUCGACGCUGCAGGCUGGCAUGGGCCUGCACAUGCCCGUCCAGGGCAGCGCGGUGCUGUGCAGCCUGAAGGUGAGCACGGCGGGCGGCGAGGUGCUCGACGACCAGGAUGUGAUGGAGUACACCCUUGGCUCGGGAGAACUCGGGCCGCUGUCGCGGACGGUCGACACCGUGCUGCAAGACAUGCGCACCGGAGGGAAGGUGCGGUUGGAGCUCUCUGGCCAGUACGCCUGGGGUGAUGGCACCUACCUCGUGGAGCUCGGGCUAAAGGAGGUGGUCCAGGUGGAGGACAUCUCCCCAGCCGGCGACGGGUCCCUCAGGAAGAAGCGCGUGCUCCGAGGAAGAGGGGACGACCCGCCCCGUGACUGCGACCUGGUGACGCUGACGGUGGAGGCCGCUACCACGCACGUGCCGUCCGGGCGGGGCGAGCUGUCCUUCCGGAUCGGCGACGGGGACGUCGCCGACGGCUUCGAGCUGGUUGCGGCGCGGAUGCUGCCAGGCUGUGGCGUGGGUGACAGCGGCACUAGGGAUGAUUGGGGCAGCGUGAUGACGAGUUCAAUGUUACAGGACGGCAAGACAAUGGUUGGCAACGGCUUGUGGAGAGCUGGCUACGUUCGUGAUUGUGGUACCUUGCUCCAGGAGGGGGGCACGCAGUCGGAGGUCCUCGCCGGCGCAGACACUGGAUCGAAGCCGACACCAUGCCUCAUGCUGUACAUAGGCGAUCAAGCUCCCAGGAGGACUAGACUGCCAGAUGGGGCGUACAACGACAAGCCAGAGACGGAACCCGUAACGACGGCAACGACGGCAUUACGCAUGGCAUGUGCCGGAGUUUUCUGCGCGGACGACAUAUUUGCCAGAGCUGCGCAGGAACCAGCAACACUACCCGCUUUUUUUCUGAAGGCUGAAUUCGCUAAGGAUGUGAUCAGAACGAAAGGGGCCAUCAACUACGAUACGGCGAUCACGACGCUGCUCAUUGCGAACGCGGGGGCUGAGGCCAUCAGGAUGUGACGAUUUUAUGAUAUAGUGUGAGCGCAUAUGAUACCACCCCUUGGGGUUUAGCUAGAACGGUUGUGUCUUGCGAUCGCCCAGAAUCCCCUG